UGAGUUAUUACUGCUAUUAGUUAUCAUACGAUAAACAUGUUAUUAUUCAAUGAAUAUAAAUGAACGACAGAUAAGAUAUGAUUUGUUUAAAUAUCAGUUUAAAAACUCGUCUGUGUGGUAAAUACAUACGUAAAAGGUAACAAAUAUGCCGAGAAACACUUUUAACCAGCAAAUAAAUACUCCAAUUGAGACCUUCGGUCUGGCAUGUGCAUGAUAAUCGGUAGUGUUUGUGCGAUCUGUUAAAAAACUAGGCGACCAACAAUAUUCCUCAGUGCACAGGCUAUCAAAUAAACAAAUUGUGGAUUUACGCACGGUGUAUGUGGUAAAGUGUGUGACCAACUAAAACGACAUUCUUCCAGGGCCAAUAGUCUUGCCAGUGUGACAAUGAUAAGUUUUUAUUUACAUAUCAGCUGUUCGUUCAGUUUGCAGUUAGCCAAACGCACGUGUUGUUAAUAUAUCCGUUUUCUUUGUCAUUAUUAUUCCAAGUUACGAGUAACAUUUAAAUUGAAAGAAUCGAAACAAUGUCGAACGAAGAUGUUACCAAACCCAGCGCUAACGAACCGUUACUGGAAAAAACAGAGGCAGACGGGAAUUCGACGAAACCAGCGAUUUACGGACGGAGUACCGAAGAAGGUCCUAAAGUUAAAAGAAAUAAAAGUGUGGUUUUACUGGAAGCCAAGAACACCAGAAGAACCGAAAAAUGGAAAUUGGUCCCACCAGACGGCGGAUGGGGAUGGCUUGUGUUGUUUGGCGCCACUUUGGUCAACGUACUGGUACCAGGAACGAUCAAAUCUUUUGGCGUUUUAUUUGUUGAAUUCUUAGAAGCAUUUAAAGCAUCAACAGCAGAAGCAAUGUGGAUUCCCGCAUUGUGCUAUUUUUUGUACAGUUCCCUAGGUCCAAUAUCUAGCAUAUUAUCCGUGAAAUACUCAUAUAGGAUAGUGACAGUACUAGGAGGUAUAUUCGCAGCGGCAGGGAUGAUUCUCAGUUUUUGGGCAAACUCAGUAUAUUACCUUUAUUUCACUUACGGUGUAUUAGUAGGAUGUGGAGCAGGACUGUCUUUUCCACCGACUGUGUACAUAGUGUGCAGUUAUUUUGUCAGAUUAAGAGGAGUGGCAAACGGAAUCUGCAUAUCAGGAUCAGCUUUCGGAUCAAUACUCAUCCCGCCCCUGCUUCGAUUACUAUUGGUAACCUAUGGUUACCGAGGAGCUGUGUUAAUAAUGGGUGGAAUUACCCUGAAUGUUUUCGUAGCUGCUCUAUUUUACGACAAAGUAGAACUUCACAUGAAGCGCGUGAAGGUCGAACCAGAACAAGAAGAAGAAAUAGAUCAAUUCCAAGCGAAAUUUAUAAUUAGUCAGGACAGUAUGCCCUCACUCCAUCAUAUUCCGCACAACGAUUCUUUCCUAGAACACAUUGAAAAUUCCGAGGGAAAUUUUAAUAGAAGUGUUUCAAGCGCGACCGUUCAAAACCUAAAAAGUCAGUACAGGGAACGCAAAAUUAGCAUGCCUACUGGUAAAAAUGAGGUGAUGAAGGUCAAGGCUGGUCACGGGUCUAAGUAUAACAUGAGCAGCAAUUCAACUCUGCACGCUGUACCAGAAAAAGAAAAUGGUAAUAACGCGAUGGAUAUGUAUUCCCAUGGUAGGCUUCCAAAUUCGCGGCGACGUACAGGAGUGCCUAAAAGGAGCACCUCCACAAGUUCUUUUCAAUAUGUUACCACUCCCUAUCACGGAAGUACUUUGACUUUACAACCGGAGAUCUUUGCUAGUUCUUUUAGUUUAAGGUCUUCCACUAAGACUCCCGAACAUAAAGAUGCUCCUAAAAAAACAAAACUAUUUGAUAUUAGUCUGCUUAAAGAUCCUCUAUAUUUAAUCAUAUUAAUUUCAAACGCCACCAACGCCAUUAGCUAUACGAAUUUUAUUAUUUUACUUCCAUCGUAUGCCCAGUUUCUUGGCUUCAAUAAGGACCAAGGAGCUUUGCUGUUAUCAAUUGUUUCUGCACUAGAUUUAGUAGGAAGAAUCGGCGGUUCAGCUCUGUCAGAUUUAACAUCAUUCCCCAAAUGUUUCUAUUUUGUUGGUGGUCUGUUCAUUUCUGGGAUAACGCUUAGUUUAAUGCCUCUAUUUGGAGAUUUUUGGGUUAUCGCUGCAUUUUGCUCCUUAUUUGGUUUAGCUUCUGGUACAUAUGUUGGCAUCACUGCAAUUGUUAUGGCAGAUAUGCUUGGGGAAGAACGUUUACAGUCGACAUAUGGAAUGGGGUUAUUUGUAAAUGGUAUUAUACAACUCAUUGGACCACCUUUAUGUGGUAUUUGGUACGAAAUGACAAAUUCGUUUAUAUCGUUAUUUAUAAGUUUGGGCAUAAUAAUCAUUGUAGGGUCCAUGCUUUGGAUUUUUGUUCCUUUUCUUAAAAGGGAACCCAAUUCUAACGAUGUAGAAGACGAAUCGCCUUAGUUUUGUAAUUCAAAAAUGAUGAUUUAGUGUAGAUAAUUAGGCAAAUGAAAAUUUUAGAUUUAUUUCAAUUAAUUAUUAUUAGGAAAUUAAAUAGGAUGGUUAAAUUUAAACAGUGUAAAAAGUAUGACUUCUUAGAAAUAUAUAUUUUCUGAGCAAUUAAACGCCAAAUACCAGAUAAUUAUCUAUUGUAGAUAAUGGAUAGAUUUAAAUUAUGAAACAAAAUAAUUUAUAUCUAUACAAAUAAUUUAGUGUCCAAAGACAUCCGAGUUUAAUAUUUUCUAAAGCACAUUUGUAAUAAACUUUUCAUUAGAAAUCCCAAAAAGUGUACAUAAAUUGUAUUAUAUUUAUGAUAAGACACUCUUCUUAUUACAUCUCAAGGAUGUAUACAAUUCUCUAAUUAAAGAGAUACUAUCUAUUUUAAAAACUAGCCAUUUUAACUGAAUUUAUGUAUACAAGUUGUUUUAUAAAUUGUCUGUUAGUAUUGCGUUAAUGUAAACUACUUGUCUUUUCUAUUUGAAUAUUUUUCAAAUGUGUUUUUAAUUAUAGUAUUAUUUAAGGAUAGUAAAAGUCUAUAUUUUUACCUAAAUCAAACCAAUAAAUGUACAAGUGUAUUUAGUUCAUUUGUGUUUAAUAAAGCCACUAAAUAUUUUUUAUUUAUUUUCAAAGUAUAGGUAUUUAUAAUUAAGUACAUUCCAAAUUUCUACUCCAAAUAUGUACCUAAAUAUAUAUAUUUUUAAUACAUUUUAUAUAAAUAUACAUUACUUAAAAUUCAUUGUGAUACACUUCUGUAAAAGGUAAUUUAACAUUAUGUAAUGUAUAAUAAAUUUUUUAACUUUA